AUGCAACCAAAUCACUGCGACCUUCUUGGUCAGGUGCGCGAGCCUAGAGCCGCAAGUCAAAUGAUGCGCGAUGGCCAGCCGCGCGACCAACAUGGCCACGGUGGUCAGCCCCGGUCGUCUGGUGCAAGACCCAUGAGAUCAGAGGACUCUUGGAUCGAAGUAUCAUCCCAGCCCUCCUCCUCAUCUCUGUCCUCAGCCGCGACAAACGACGAUAUUAUCACGACGGGACUCCGGGUGGAACAUCGCGAGGCAGGCAUGUAUCAGCACCGCAGUCGUCGACGGCGCAUGCAGCAUCUGGCGGCCGUGGCCACCGCGCAAGUGGAUUAUUCGUCGCAGGAGGCUAGUCUGGCGAGUAGUAGCCAGGAGGAAUAUGAAGAGAGUGAAAGCGAGUCAGACCCGCCGAUGAGCAGCUCGAACGAAGAUAUCAACCGACCCGCCCGGUCUUCAUUGCUGCCGAUGCCCCCUUCGCCCCACUCCGACGAAGCCGAUAGUGACGAUGAAGACGAUACCUCUACUGCCUUGGGAAUGGGCAUCAGUCCAUCACCGUUUGUCCCACAACCGAACGUUUUCUCCCAUCCACCUCCCAGGUCCGACCCAUCAUGGACUCGUCCCACCGAAUCUGGACGCUCCCAGCCCAGCGUCUUAUCAAACUCCAGCCGGCGCACUACGAUCCGUCGAGAAUCCUACCCAAGCACACGAGGAUCUCGUCGAUCCCAACAGUCCCAGCACAGCCCUUACAACAUGAUCUCGCCUUCUCAUCACGCGGACCACGAUGCCGCUCUCCGCGCCAGUCUCUCCACUCUGUUAUCUUGUGCAGCCGCCGCCCGCGGACUCCCAAAGACCGAAUCUCCGCGCCUGCAAACCGGUCCUCCCUCAUCUGCAGCCCCGCCAGCAUCGUUCCGGCUGGUCGGCGAAUCUGUCGCAAUGGGCGAUGAAGACAGCGGCGAAGAAGGCCCAUCCUCGCCCCAAUAUAUGGAGACCAGCCCCUCAGUGGGUCCGCCCCGCCGCAGACACCCCACGACUCCAACCGGCCCAUCUGUCUCCAAAGCAAAACGUCGAUCCGCUUCUCCCAAAGACCGCAGUGUAGCGAAAAAGAGUCGUCGCGCCAGCCUGUCCGAGUCAACGGCUCCCGUCAGUCCCACUGUCAUGACGUGGGUCAUCAGUGCGGGCGUCGUCGUGCUGUUCUCUGCCAUCAGCUUUUCGGCCGGAUACAUGCUUGGCCGGGAAGUUGGACGGGCUGAGAUGGGCAUGAUGGGAGAUGGCAGCGUCCCCGCAGCACGAUCGUCAGCUGCCUGUGGACAGGAAGCGGUGCGAGGCGGUCUCAAGAGACUCCGUUGGGGCACUGCUGCCGCUGGAUCAGCUAGCUUGGCUUGA